GCUAGAACUGAAACGGGUCAAGAUUCAAGACUCAAGAAGGACAAAAUUUACCUCAAAAGUUCAGGGGUCUUAUUUACCUUUUUUCCAAACCGCUUCGUAUCGCACCCGAACCCUAUAAAUUCAUUUACCUUCUAAUUACUCACGACGGAGGAAUAACGAUUCAUCUUCUUCCCUGUUAAAAUUCAAAACCCUAGUGCUAAAAUCCAAUCUUCAAACACUAAUUGAACAAAAAAUUCAAGGAAUAUCAAUGGAUGAUCUUCAAUUAAAAUCCUCGUGCGGUGAAUGUGGAUCGACGACAGAUCUGUACGGAAGCAACUGCAAGCACAUGACACUGUGUUUGAGCUGUGGCAAAACACUAGCUGAGAGUCGUCGCAAAUGCUAUGAUUGUGGCGUUCCUAUCACUCGCUUGAUUCGAGAAUACAAUGUUCGAGCAAGUCCUAGCAGUGAAAAGAACUACUUUAUUGGUAGAUUUGUGACAGGACUUCCAAGUUUUUCGAAGAAGAGAAAUGCUGAGAAUAAAUGGUCUAUCCAUAAAGAGGGACUUCAAGGACGUCAACUUACUGACGCGUUGAGGGACAAGUACAAGAAUAAGCCUUGGCUAUUGGAGGAUGAAACAGGCCAGUAUCAGUUCCAUGGUCAUCUCGAAGGUUCACAGUCAGCAACUUACUACCUAUUGAUAUUACAAGGGAAAGAGUUUGUUGCUAUCCCUGCUGCUUCAUGGUAUAACUUCAACAAGGUUGCACAAUAUAAGAUGCUUACUUUAGAGGAAGCAGAAGAGAAGAUGAAGAACAGAAGAAAGACGGCAGAUGGAUAUGAAAGAUGGAUGAUGAAAGCUGCAAGCAAUGGGCCUGCUGCAUUUGGUGAGAAAGAAAAGCUUGAUGACAAGGAAAGCGGUGCAGCAAGCGGAAGGGGGCGUAAAAAAACUGCUAGUGAUGAUGAAGGCGGCAAGGUGUCUGACAGGGAAGAAGAAGAUGAAGAUGCAGAGACAUCAAGGAAGAAUAGACUGGGACUAAAUAGACACGGUGGUGAUGAUGAUGGAGAAGGUCCAAGGGGAGGCGACCAUGACAUGGACGAUGAUGAUGUUGAGAAGGGUGAUGAUUGGGAGCAUGAAGAAAUUUUUACCGAUGAUGAUGAAGCUGUUGGUAAUGAUCGUGAGGAACAAGAUUUGGAACCUGAAAUUCCAGCUCCUCCAGAAAUCAAGCAGGAUGAAAAUGAUGAAGACGAGGAAAAUGAGGAGGGUGGAUUGAGUAAAUCUGGGAAAGAGUUGAAGAAGCUUCUUGGAAGAUCAGGUGGACUCGAUGACUCAGAUGCAGAAGAUGACGAUAGUGAUGACUCAGAUAUGGAGAAAGAUGCUAACCUAUCUCCUACGCUGGGUCAGAAGCAGAAGGAUGCAGUUAAGGAGGAACCUGUUGACUAUAAGCCUUCAAAGACAACGCCUUCUAACUCUGCUAAAGGAACCGAAUCAGCUUCCAAGUUAGCGAAAGGAAAAAGAAAAACUAAUGGUGAUGAUGGAAAAACAUCAAAUGGUGUGCCUCAAAAGAAGGUCAAGACAGAAAACGAUUCAAAAAGUACUGUGAAAGAAGAGAACGUUCCUGCUAAAAGUAGUGCAAAUCCUGAAGGCACUUCAUCAUCAUCAAGAACGGGGUCAACUGGAUUUGUCACUGAUGAGGAGAUCAGGGCUGUUUUGCUGCAGAAUGGGCCAUUAACUACCCAGGAUCUUGUUGCAAAGUUUAAGUCACGAUUGAAAACCCGUGAGGACAAGGAAGCGUUCACACAAUCUCUUAAGAGAAUUUCUAGGAUUCAGAAGACUAAUGGAGCUAGCUAUGUGGUGCUGAGAGACAAAUAAUUACAUUUUGCGGUGAGAUGUCAAAUAAUUACCAAACUGAAGAAGAGAGUUGCUUCGAUCAUCAAACGGUUGGGUUAACUAUUCAGUCAAAUGAUACUAAGAAUACGCAGGUUAUGUAAUUGCCUACAUGAUAUGGCAUUAAAGGUAGCAAGUGUUUCUGGUAUGCUUGCUUUUCCUGUGAACAAGGAUUUAUAUAUGUAACUGUAGUGCUGGUCUGUUUUAUGAAAUCCAGUUUAAGAGAAACAUGGUUUACUUUUGAUUAUUA